GUGUGUGUGUGUGUGUGUGUGUGUGUGUGUGUGUGUGUCUGCAUAUAUGUGUGUGUGUGUGUGUGUGUGUGUCUGCAUAUAUGUGUGUGUGUGAGUGUGAGAGGGAGUUUGUUACAUUGCACUGAGGUACAAAGGGCAUUGAUUAGCAUGAUAGUCUUCACAAAGGAGAAUGUGUAAAGGAAGAGAAACAGACAGAGACCAACACAGUGUAUGAGAGAGAAUGUGUGUGUGUGUGUGAGAGAGAGAGAAAGAGAGAGAGUGCAGGAGAGAGAGAAGGAGAGAGAGAGAAAGAGAGAAUGAAAUCACUUUUGUAUCAGUACUUCCUGGUGGCAGCCAUGAUGACUUUGCUUCUAUUCCUCACCUCAUUUUGGUUACCUCAGAGGACAGUGCAGGAUUGUGCACUACUGUGGCUUCCAUGUCUUAGUGAUACGAACAAUAAGGUACCUCAAGUAGUGGUUGUAAGAAGUGAUGUUAAGGCCCACACCACUAACACCGUUAUUAGGAGUGAUGUCAUUACCCCUAAACCUGUCAUCAUACCUGACUGUCCUGAGCAGCAUUUCCAGGUGCCCCACCUUCUGCUGUAUUUAGACUCGGCCCUCGGCCCCGACUCUGAUGUGUUGUUGGAACCUUACCUGCUCUGCUGGGAGGAGCUAAUUAAAUUUAUGGAGGCUCUUGGUCCUCUGGUUGGUUUUUUUACCUACAAAGUUCAGGAGAAAAUCAGUCUAAUUCGCCACCUGACUGAGGAGGACUCUGCGAAACACAGAUUACUGACUCUGCCCAACACAAACUCUCUACGUUUAAGCCUGGAACCCCACAGCCACACCUACCACUCUGUGCGCUCCAUGUUGGAUAGAGAGCUUCAGUUGGGUGUGGUCAGCUUUGAUAGACAGACGCCAUCGGGCAGUCGUACUUUGCUCCGCCUCCAUCGAUCGUUAAUGUGGCUGCAGCUGCUGCUGGUGAAGCUGUGGCUGGAGCCUGGACAUAUGAGGAGAAGCCUGGGUGAGGUGUGUGAAGAAGCAUACAAUGAAGCUUUAGCACCAUAUCACCCAUGGCUGCUGCAGAGAGUGGCACGACUCGCCUUUCAGGCCAUGCCUGAACACACCGUACUGCUUGGCAUGGUGUGCGUGAAUACACACGAGGAGGCAGAACCAAUCAUUCGCACUAUUGUGACGGCGAUCAGUGAGGUGCAUCACAGAACACAGACUGAGCUGGAAAGAAGAAACAUGCUGGACUUACCUUAAAGGAACAUGUGUCCAAAGAAGAAAAGUAUGCAGCAAUGUGACAUGUGAAUGAAGCUAAACUGAUUCAAUUAUUCUCUCAUUUUCAAUUGUUGCAAAAAAAUGUUUUCUGAGUGAACAAAGUGUUUUUAUUUAAUAACCUACAGUGUUGUGUGUCCAUCAAAGGACCUAGGAACCAAAGAACAUUGGAAAACAUUGGAAACCAAGGCUAACUAAGAACACCUUGAGUCCUAAUCUCUGAAAUAUUAACAUGAUGAUACCUAGUGAUCAUACGUCAUGAAGCAGACAUGACAGGUCCAGGGUGUAUGGUGCUGCUGCUUCCUGCUUUCCUCUGUACCACAUGAUCUUAUGUCCAAAAUGUUCCCACAGGCUUGUUUUAUAUGCUGGAGCCUGGAGUACCAGGUCUUAUCUUAUCCAACGGUGUGAAUAUGUAGAACAAUAUGAUGAAGGUGUUUGGACAAAGUCAGAUUUUUCACAGAAAAAGUGUGUUUUUGGGUGAAUUUUUAUUAUAUUUAUUCAUGAUCCAAAGCUGAGACUCAAAGCCUCCAUUUCCAGUAAUUUCAUUCAGAAUUUAGCAUUAUGUUGGGAAACACGUGUAAGUUCAUCAUUACACAUCGUCCUCAUCUACAAUUACAGUGUGAGAUUUAGGGAAAGUCUAAGAAACAUGGCCUGUAUGAAAUCUGUGAGGUCUGUGGGGCCGAAUGUUCAUGGGUUUGUGUUUGGGUGUGAAUUUCUCUGCCUUGUGUUUAGUCUUGAAUAUCUGAGCUCAUGACAGUAACGAGGCCUCGAGCAGUAAUGAGCAGUAAUGAGCAGUAAUGAGCAGUAAUGAGCAGUAGAAAACUUUCUGUAAAAAGUCAUUUUUAAACACAAAUUUAUUUAAUACAUUUCAUAUUUAAUUAUAACAACAAUUUAUUUAAUAUUUCAGCUCAGAUAAAUAAAUAAAUAAAUAAAUAAAUAAAUAAAUAAAUAAAUGUCUGCUGAUGACAGAUAAUAAAUUAGCAUACAGUACACAUGGAUUUAAAGAUCAAAUGGAGAAAAAGUAGACAAGAAAUAGAAUUUGUGACACAAAAACAGACGCCUGCUAAUAUUGCUAUGCUAACAGUGUUGAAUAAGUCCAAUAAUGGCAAAUGCUAAAUACUGUAAAUGUAGUAAGUAUCACUCUAAAUAAACUUAUGCUAAUAAAUGCUACAUGCUAA